AUUGCGCCGAGCGGGAGCAAGAUGCUGAAAGAACUACAUGCAGGAGGUGGGGAACCCAGGGCGAGGGAACUACGCGGCUCGCAGUGGCGAAGGCUGCUAUAGCGGUAGCAUGAAGCGAUCCCCGACCGCCGAGGAACGGGAGCGGGAAGCAAAGAAACUGAGACUUCUUGAAGAGCUUGAAGACACAUGGCUCCCUUAUCUGACCCCCAAAGAUGAUGAAUUCUAUCAGCAGUGGCAGCUGAAAUAUCCUAAGCUAAUUCUCCGAGAAGCCAGCAGCGUACCUGAGGAGCUCCAUAAAGAGGUUCAAGAAGCUUUUCUCACAAUGCACAAACAUGGCUGCUUAUUUCGAGACCUGGUUAGGAUCCAAGGCAAAGAUUUGCUCACCCCGGUAUCUCGCAUUCUCGUUGGUAAUCCAGGCUGCACCUACAAGUAUCUGAACACCAGACUGUUUACGGUACCCUGGCCAGUGAAAGGUUCUAACAUAAAAUACAUUGAAGCUGAAAUAGCUGCUGCUUGUCAGACCUUCCUCAAGCUAAAUGACUACAUGCAAAUAGAGACCAUCCAGGCUUUGGAAGAUCUCGCUUCCAAAGACAAAUCUGGUAGCGAUGUUGCACCAGUGUGUAUGGCUCCAGAUUUCCCCAGGGUUGGUAUGGGAUCAGCCUUUGAUGAACAAGACGAAAUGGACAUUAAGAACAGAGCAGCAUACAAUGUAACUUUGUUGAAUUUCAUGGAUCCCCAGAAAAUGCCAUACCUGAAAGAAGAGCCUUAUUUUGGGAUGGGGAAAAUGGCGGUGAGCUGGCAUCAUGAUGAAAAUCUGGUGGACAGGUCAGCGGUGGCAGUGUACAGUUAUAGCUGUGAAGGCCCUGACGAGGAAAGUGAGGAUGACCCUCAUCUCGAAGGCAGAGAUCCUGAUACCUGGCAUGUUGGCUUUAAGAUCUCGUGGGACAUCGAGACACCUGGUUUGGCGAUACCCCUUCACCAGGGAGACUGCUAUUUUAUGCUUGAUGAUCUCAAUGCCACCCACCAACACUGUGUUUUGGCUGGUUCACAACCUCGGUUUAGUUCUACCCACCGAGUAGCAGAAUGCUCGACGGGAACCUUGGAUUACAUAUUACAACGUUGCCAGUUGGCUCUGCAGAACGUGCGUGAUGACAUGGAUGACGGUGCUGUCCUUUUGAAAUCUUUAGAGCCUGCAGUUUUGAAACAAGGAGAAGAAAUCCACAAUGAGGUUGAGUUUGAGUGGCUGAGACAGUUUUGGUUUCAAGGUAAUCGAUAUAAAAAGUGCACCGAUUGGUGGUGUCAACCCAUGGCUCAACUGGAAGAAAUGUGGAAGAAGAUGGAAGGUGUGGUUUACUGUGCCAAGCAUUGGAGAAAACCAAGAGUUGCUGCCCUUGUGGAGCUUACAGGCAUAUAAAGGAAAUGGACACACAUAAAUAAAGCAUAAUGUGGAAUGUCAAAUGAGAGAUAGAAACAGAAUGUCAUGGGAGUAUCUCAGAGAAGACAAGUCCGAUUGAAAAAAACUGGGGAAGACUUCUGAGAAGAGGAGGUGCCUUUGAAUUGUACUCUGAAGGAUGAUUGGAGUUUUAAUAGGCAGAGAUUUGGUGGAUGAAGAAGAGGGACAGGCCCCAUUUUAAGCAGUUUCAGAGGGCAUGGCACUGGAGAGUAAAUACACCCUAGUAUUUUCUCCAUAUAACUUCUGCCAAUAUGCCCUAUUGCAAAAAUCUAAACAGUUGUAACCUGUGCUUAAGGUAUCUAAUUGGGAUGGAGUAUAAGAGGAAGGGACAUAUACCUAGUAACUGGAGAACAAGAAGAAGGGGGAGAAUGGGACCAACUUAUGAAUCACCGUAAAGGACAUGCUUUAUACUCUGGAGACAAUGGUAGGAAUUAGAUUAAAGGGUUUUUGAGUAGGAUAGCGGUAUAUCAGAACUUUUUUUUUUAUUAGAGAAGUUGUGGGUUUACAGGACAAUCAUGCUUACUUAAAAUACAGGUUCCCAUAUACCACACUGUUAUUA